UAGUCAUAUGCACCGUCGCAUGUUGGCUCAACCGAUACACAACAAUUUCAUGAUAACAAAGACGACACAUCCUUAGUUAUAAUGGAAUACAGGGAACACUAUUAUGGUUAAUGCUAUCUUAUUGUUUUGCAUUGGAUACUGGCAGUGUUGACUGGUCCACAACAGAGAUUUACUCAUGUCCACUUUAGACCAGACACAGGCACUGGAUAUACUAAAGGUGUUACAAGGACUCCCAAUCAAUUUCCAGGUGCUAUCAAAAACUCGAAUUGGUAUGACGGUGAAUGCACUUCGUAAGGCCUCAACUGAUGAAGAAGUAAUUUCCACUGCUAAACAACUUAUAAAGAACUGGAAGAAAUUUGUUCCUGACAAGAAAGAUGACGAUGAAAAGGAAGGAAAAGAGGAAAAAAAGAAGGAGAAGGAAGACAAAAAAGAAGCCAAAAACAGUAGUAACACCAGCAACAACAGUAACAGUAGCAGCAGCAGUGGAAGUUCCAAACCUGCCAGCUUCCCAUCUUCAGCCCCACCAACAACAGAUUUUCUGCGUUUGAAAUGCCGAGAAAUGAUUGCCAACGCCCUUAAAUUAUCAGAAAUGCCUGAUGGUGUAGUGGAUACUCCAGAGAGUCUGGCAGAAAAGAUUGAAGAGGCCAUCUACCAAGAGUUCCGCAAUACCGACGCGGCUUAUAAGAACCGCUUGAGAUCAAGGGUUUACAACUUAAAAGAUUCUAAGAACCCACAGUUACGAGAAAAUGUGCUGAGAGGUGUUAUUUCUCCAAAGAAAAUGGCGUGUAUGACAUCCGAAGAAAUGGCUAGUGAAGAGAUGAAGGCUCUUCGUGAAAAGUUCACAAAAGAAGGUAUCGAUGACCAUCAACUGGCUAUUGCUCAAGGUACAAAAACAGAUUUGCUCAAGUGUGGCAAAUGUGGACAGCGAAACUGCACUUACAACCAGAUGCAGACCAGAAGUUCUGAUGAACCAAUGACCACAUUUGUGUUGUGCAAUCACUGUGGAAAUCGCUGGAAGUUCUGUUGAGCAUCAGGCUAGAGGGAAUUAAUGUGCCCAAAGGAUUUUAUAUUUUAUUUUUUUUUAUAGUGGACUUGUUAAUCAUUGGUUGCUCCCAUACAUUACUGUAAUACAAUGUUAAUUGUCUUCGACACCUUCAGCCCAGCUUAUUGUGGUCUUAUACUUAAAUUGUGUUAUUUAACUGGGUUUUCUAAUAAGUGGUCUUGUUGGGCUCACAUUCUUCAUUGUUAAAGAUCUUGUUAUGUUUCAAAAGGUGUGUGUCUGAAAUAUUACCAAGUUAAAGUCUAAUACACUGUAGCUAAUGACUUAAAAUUAAACAAUAUCCAAAUCUAAGAAUUGUGAAGUUUUUUACUAUUCACAGUUAAAAUGUAACUAAAGUCAUUUACUUAUUAUGAAUUACUUUGUCAGGCUGUUAUCAUUAAUACUAACAUAUCUUCUGAUUUACUUGCCUGUACAUCAACUUAGUAAUUCAAUUAUGAAACUUUUUCCCUUUGGUAUUUAGUGAUACAUUAGAUGAGACUUAGAACUGGAAUAUUCUACGGUUUAAUGCGAUCGAUCGUCCAGGUAACUUAAGAGGGAACGUCUAAAAUUCAUGAGCAGGUGUUUUAACAUUUCACUGUGAGGGUUUGUUUCUUUACAUUGUAUUCAUAUUUUCAUAUGCUAUUCAUGUAGCAUAUAUGUAGUGAGGUUCAUUUCACAGGGCUAUGUGAUCAUUUUAUGUGCUGAGCUGGUCACUCGACAUUCUGGAUCAUAGACUAUUUAAUUUUUGCCCUAGGAAAUAUAUCCCAGUGAUGGGAUUUGGUGUAAAAUAAAUUGUAGAAAGAAUAAGUUGUGGGUGCAUUAGUAUUGUGGUAUAUUGACAGUUUUGCAUCUUAUGAUAUUUUUCUUAUUUUUCAUUAGUAAAAAUUUUUUAUUAAAAGAAUAUAUUUCAAAGUAUUGUACAGUAUAUCCUGAAGGUUGUCCAUACCAUUACUCUUCAGCAGUUCUCAUGUUCCUUCAGUUUUGGAUAUACUGUACAUUAUAAUGUCACUAUUUUGACUUGUCAAUUCAUUCUACUGGCUUGAUUGCGGUGCCCAUGUGUUAAGUCUUUUGUGAUGGGAAAUCACUUUUGGAAAAAGAUUUUGGCAUUAGUACAGACUUUUAGAGAACAUGAUAUAACCCCUUUGUGAAGCAAUUGAACUAAUACUUCACCUGAAGGUUUUCUUAAUAAUACCUAAAUUUUUAUGAGAAUUAUUUUAAAUGUGAAAUUCUAAAAUACUGUAGUGGUAUUAAACUUUGAGGAGAAUUUAACAUCAAGGAGCUACAUAUAGUUAUUUAAACAUAUUGGGUGUGUGUGACACAUGGUAGACAGGCUUUACAUGUUGAUAUUUCUAUUAAUUUCAUAAUAUAGACUAUAAAGAGGCAGUCUUUUAUUUUUUGUUGUUUGGAAUUAAAUUUUUGUUAAGAAAUAAAAGUAAAAGCCUAUCCUUUAGAUUUGUAUGUAUUUCAGUGAACAUUAAAGAAGGUUUACAGAUAUGUAGGACCAAUUACUGGUUUUUUUAUAUAUUGGAAUAUUUCCAAACUUAUAUUGCUUAAAAUAUUAGAGUAAAUACAGUCUUCAUAUCUUGAGUACUGUGUCCUUAUCAAUACAGAUGUACCUGUA